CCACUGCCAGUCCCUCCGCGCGGAGCAGCUAUCGCCGCCUUCGAGGGGCGCCAGAGCCAUGACCCUCCGCCGACUCAGGAAGCUGCAGCAGAAGGAGGAGGCGGCGGCCGCCCGGGACCCCGCUACCCGGGCUCCCGACUCGGAAGUCGCUCCGGCAGGGACCCCGGCCUGGGGUCCCCCUGCCGCUGCCGCCAGCCCUGGGCCCCCCGGGGACGAGCUGUACGCGGCGCUGGAGGACUAUCACCCCGCUGAGCUGUAUCGCGCGCUUGCCGUGUCCGGGGGCACCCUGCCUCGCCGAAAGGGCUCAGGAUUCCGCUGGAAGAAUCUCAGCCAGAGUCCUGAACAACAGCGGAAAGUGCUGACUUUGGAGAAGGAGGAAAACCAGACCUUCGGCUUUGAGAUCCAGACGUACGGCCUUCACCACCGAGAAGAGCAGCGUGUGGAGAUGGUGACUUUUGUCUGCCGGGUCCAUGAGUCUAGCCCUGCCCAGCUGGCCGGACUCACACCAGGGGACACCAUUGCCAGUGUCAACGGCCUAAAUGUGGAAGGCAUUCGGCAUCGAGAGAUUGUUGAUAUCAUUAAGGCAUCUGGAAACGUUCUCAGGCUGGAAACUCUGUAUGGGACAUCAAUUCGGAAGGCAGAACUGGAGGCUCGUCUGCAGUACCUGAAGCAAACCCUGUAUGAGAAGUGGGGAGAAUACAGGUCCCUAAUGGUGCAGGAGCAGCGGCUGGUGCAUGGCCUCGUGGUGAAGGACCCAAGUAUCUAUGACACGUUGGAGUCGGUGCGCUCCUGCCUCUACGGGGCUGGCCUGCUCCCAGACUCGCUGCCCUUCGGACCCCUGCUGGCUGCACCCGGGGGCCCUCGCAGGGUCGCGCGGCAGUCUGGAGGAGACCCCGAUGACGCCGUCUACCACACGUGCUUCUUCGAGGGCGCCGAGCCUCCAGUACCUCCACCGCCGCCCCCCGCCCGCGUGCCAGGCCUGGGCCCAGCGGAGGCUCUAAUCUCCGGGCCUCGGGCGGGAUUGAGCCGUAGCGCCAGCGUGCGGUGUGCGGGCCCCGGGGGUGGCGGGGGCGCGCCGGGCGCGCUCUGGACUGAGGCCAGAGAGCAGGCCCUGUGUGGCCCCGGUCUGCGCAAAACCAAGUACCGCAGCUUCCGCCGGCGGCUGCUCAAGUUCAUCCCUGGACUCAACCGCUCCCUGGAGGAGGAGGAGAGCCAGUUGUAG